AAGGAACUAAAAAAGUACAAAAGAACUUUGAGAAUUUCUUUUCCAAAAUUCAAUCAAUGAAUGAUAGAAAAAGCAUUGGGCUAUGGAGCACAAUAGAGAGCAAAUGCCAUGUUUUGCUUCAACAGAGGAACUCCAAAGCUAUCCUUCUCUGUAUUCACGCCAUAAUGCUUCGAAACGCCAUUGAAAAUAACGUCAGUCUACUCACCAAGCUCAUUUCCAGCUUCUCCGUUAGUGACCCAGUUGCUGGAAUCAUCCAUGCACGCCGCAUGUUCGACAAAAGUCUCCAAAAGGAAGACACUUUCCUCUGUAACACCAUGAUAAAAUCCCAUAUGGGUGUUAGUCAAUUUGCCGAAUCAACACUUCUGUACAGAGAUUUACUUAGACACACUAGUUUUGAACCUGAUAAUUACACGUUUUCGAGCCUUUCCAAGUGUUGUGGUGCAAGAUUAGUGUUGUGGGAAGGUUUGGAAAUUCAUAAUCAUGUGUUGAAAUGUGGGUUUGCUUCGAAUUUGUUUGUGGCGACUUCGUUGGUUGAUAUGUAUGGGAAGUUUGGUCAAAUGGCUUUUGCUAGGAAGUUGUUUGAUGAAAUGCCCCUGAGAAGUCCAGUCUCGUGGACAGCUUUAAUUGGAGGUUAUUUGAAGUGUGGAUAUAUGGGUAUUGCUGAAGGGCUUUUUGAUGCAAUGCCUGAGAAAGAUGUAGCUGCGUUCAAUGUGAUGAUUGAUGCGUACGUGAAGAAAGGAGAUAUGCUGUCAGCAAAUAGAUUGUUUGAGGCAAUGCCCGAGAGAAAUGUGAUUUCUUGGACUAGUAUGAUUGAUGGGUACUGCAGUAAUGAUAAUGUAAGUGAAGCCAGGGUGUUAUUUGAUGCAAUGCCGGAAAGGAAUUUGUUCUCUUGGAACGCAAUGAUUGGUGGAUACUGUCAAAAUAAGCAGCCUCAAGAAGCUUUGAAGUUGUUUCAUGAGCUGCAGAUGGAGACGACAUUGGAGCCAGAUGGUGUUACUGUUGUUAGUGUGCUUCCAGCUAUUGCUGAUUUGGGUGCGUUAGAUUUGGGCAACUGGGUUCACCAGUAUGUGAAGAGGAAGAAAUUAGAUAGAUCUUCAAAUGUUUGCACUGCUUUGGUUGAUAUGUAUGCCAAGUGUGGGGAAAUUGCAAAAGCCAGGGAAUUUUUUGAUGAGGUAAAAGUAAAAGAGUCAUCAAGUUGGAAUGCUUUAAUUAAUGGGUUGGCAGUCAAUGGAUCUUCUAAAGAAGCAUUGGAGGUGUUUGAGAAGAUGAAGAGUAAAGGAUACAAGCCGAAUGAAAUUACUAUGCUUGGUGUUUUGUCAGCUUGCAACCAUGGUGGAUUGGUGGAGGAAGGCAAGAAAUGGUUUAUAGAAAUGGAGAAGUAUGGGCUCACUCCGCAAAUUGAGCACUAUGGUUGUCUGGUUGAUCUCUUGGGGAGGUCAGGUUGUUUGGAGGAAGCCGAAAACUUGAUUGAGACCAUGCCUUAUGAGGCCAAUGGAAUAAUAUUGAGUUCCUUUCUAUUUGCAUGUGGUUAUGCCAAAGAUGUUACAAGGGCUGAGAAGGUCAAGAAAAAAGCAAUUGAGAUGGAACCGUGGAAUGAUGGGAUCUACAUUAUGUUAAGGAACAUGUAUGCCACUGAUAAGCGGUGGAGUGAUGUUGAAGACAUUAAGGGGCGGAUGAGGAGAGAAGGGGCAAAAAAGGAGGCAGGUUGCAGUACCAUUGAAGUUAAUGGUAUGGUUUGUGAAUUUGUAGCUGGGGAUAAAAUACAUGCACAGUGUGAGGAAAUACAUCUUCUAUUGGAGCAUUUGCAGUUGUACAUGAGAGGUCUGGGUACACCUUAUAGUAAUGAUAUUGGAUUGGCUGAAUUUUGAAUGAUGACUAUCAUGC